GGACAGUUCAAGGGUUCUGCGCAAGAGCACACGUUUGUCUUAAUUAUGUCAUCAAUUGAGGUUUUAGGUCUACUAUACAACAUCCCUAACUGUGCAGCUUUGAAUGUUAUUAGUGACAACUUAUUUGACUUCCUAUUAUCUGCCAUUCAACUGCUGUGACAUGAAGAGUCCCAUGUAGCCCACCCUCACUAGAAAUUGUACGUGUACACUAAUCCUGUAAUUGCGCUGUCACUCCACUUCCGCUCAUGGAGCAACAUUGUUGCAAAUGGCAAUUGAGUUAGAACGUUGUUCACGCGCCUUUAUGUACUUGUUGCAAAAAUGUUCAACUGACUCGUCGAAAUGGCUCGGAAUGACAAUCAAAUAUUGUCGGAAUGGCGGUAUGUCGGAAUGGCAGUUGCCCCCCGCUACAACAUACUAGUUCUAGGCCUACUUGCAUCGAACAUUCAGAGGUAGUUCCUUACUUUAUUUUUUGUUUGGUUUUGCUACCCACAUUUGACUACACACAUUGCCACUCUCACCUGCAUUAUGUGCUGACAGAGACCAUUGGAGCGCUGUGGAAAUGUUUCUGGAGAGGGUCGAGUCGAGGACACCCAUCCCACCAAACGCUGUGACUGAAGAUGCAGAACACCACGUGCACAGAGGACCGGAUCCAGCACGCUGUGGACCGAUGUCUGGACCGCCUCGGACACAGCGGAGGCUUGCCGCAACCGUGGAACGCUGGAUGGUGUAUGAACCGAUGGAGUCUGGAGGAGCUGGUCAAGAGGGACCCAGAGAACUUCCUGAUCCUGCUACAGCAGAUCAUCAGGAAAGCCAAAGAGGUCCAGGAGAACUGCCAGUAUCAUCUUGUGGCUCCACUUGCUCUCAUGUUCACCUCCACUCUACAACAGACGCCCUUCUGCCCCGGUGAGGGCCAGCUGCUGCUGGAGGCCUACGAGGUGUUCUACGGCUUCCUGACCUGGCCAGAGCCCUACUGCGGAGUCAGCUCCACCCUGCUGUCCACACUGCAGCAGGAGAUCAGAGCGCCAGGGAUUUCCUACCAUCGGCUGGUGCGAGAAGAACAGGGCCUGACAAGCUCCAAGCAUUAUGCAAAGACCAUUACGGUGCUGCUGAUGAACCCUUCCGAGGUUCCAGAGGAGUUUCUGGCGGUGGCCGAGCAGCUCAGCAACGUGCAGCUCUCCCGCAAGGACGUCUACGUCUCCCUCAUCAAGCACGCCUUCCAGUCCAGCCUGGGCACCAAGUACCCCAUGGCCGCGGUGCACAGGAGCCUACAGUCUGUGAGCAUGGAGGAGCUGGAGAGAGCCUUCUCCACGGUGACCAAGCUGAUGGAGUCUGCGGUGUGCAUGCUGGACCCCCAUAAGGCGCGGGCGUGUCUCGUCCAGGGCCUGGAGGAGCUGAGGGAGAAGCUGGGAGUACAGGCCUCCAACGGCAGGAAGUCAGACGGCAUGUUACAGACAAUCCCCGUCCCCUCUGCAAAAUGCUACAUGUUCCACUGGGACAAGGACAACUUUGACGUCCUGAACAACAUCCCGGACACGGAGCACGUUCUCUCCGCCCUGCGCUCCACGUCGCGGUGCCGACAGGGGGACUACGACGGGGACGUGGACGUGGACGUGGAGGAGGGCGAGGAGGAGGAGGAGAUGGAGGACGAAGACGAGAUGGACGCCGACACCUUCAUCAUGGGCAACGGCGGCAUGGGCCUCCCAGACCACCGCGCCUCCACCAUCUCCACCCAGUCUUCCCUCUCCACCGCCUCCAAGGACUCCAUGUUCUCCACCCUCUCCCUGGCCUCCUCCGAGUGCUGCCCGUCCUCCCCCUACAUCAACAACCUCCACCAGCCCUCCUUCUACAGCAGCACCAGUGGCGGCGGCGGUGGAGGUGGUAGCGGUAGCGGUGGAGGGCUCUCGGCUUCGGGAACCGAUAGUGACUUUUGCGAGGAAGCCGAAGACGGAGACAGUCCUACGGAGCAGAGGAGCCCGGCGUCCACGCUGCCCCCCGGCUUCAGCCCCGGUCCGAGUCCGAGUCCGAGUCCGAAACCCAAGUCCAAGACCAAGCCGUCGUCACUGUUCAGCCUCCUCAAGUCGGGCAGUCGUCACUCGCUGACGUCUCUGACCAGGGCCAAGAGCCUGGGGAGCGACGCAAGGGACAAGGCGGCCGGCGUGAGGUCCAAACGCUCCAACUCGCUGCCUCAGCAGGUGCAGCAGCCGGACAUGGAGCAGUUGAUGUUGGCCCAGGCCUGCGCGUCCGACGAGGCGCUCACCGCCCCGCGUCUGCGCCACGUCUGCUUCCGGCGGCGGCCCAUCCUCAGCAGCGACGAGGAGGAGUCGGGGGACGGCGGCGGGGAGGUCACCCAGCUGAGGGUGGUGGUGUUCGGGGCCGACCACGUGGCGGGCCGGGUGGCCCGGGCCUACAGCAGCCUGAGGAAGAGGGAGAGCCGCUGCCCGAGGCUGUGCCGGGCCUACAAGAUGCGCUUCUUCUUCGUGCCCGUGAGGAGGGACGCCGUGUCUGGCAGCGCCAGCCCUGUGGCACAGCAGCACCUCUCGGUCAGCCCACUGAAGACGGCCAUAUCUAACCUGGACCUGAGUGCGUUGUCGUCGGAGGACAGCACUAAUGACAUCGCCCAGCUGCUGGGCAUGCUGGACCCCUGGUACGAACGCAACACCCUCAGCCUCCUCAACCUGCCGGUCAGCGUAGUGUGCCAGCAAACAUCGAAGAUAGACUCGGAGUCGUACGAUGAUUCCCUGGAGGAGCGCUUGCCCAUCCUUGCAGACCUGGUGCUCUACUACUGCAGACAGGCUGCACGGCCCGCUCUCAUACAGCUCUACCAGGCAGAGCUGACAUUAGCGGGUGGGGAGAAGAGGAGGGAGGUCUUCAUCCACUCCCUGGAGCUGGGCCAUACUGCUGGGACACGAGCCAUCAAGGCCAUGGGUGCUGCGAGCAAGAGGUUUGGCAUCGAUGGGGACCGUGAAGCAGUGCCUUUGAAUCUGGACGUCGCCUACAACCGGGUUUUCAUAAGUGGCAGAAGUCAUUCGACCAAAGCAGACAAAGUUUGCACGUCCAUCAACCUGACAAAAGCUUGCAAGAGCAUGGAGGAACUCGACUCCAAGAUGGAGUGCCUUCAGCUGACUAUGACGGAGGUGCUGAAGAGGCAGAACUCCAAGUCCAAGAAGGGCUACAACCAGCAACUCACCACCACCCGGGUGAAGGUGGACAAGGUGCAGGUGAUCGGCAGUGGCAGCACCACCUUCGCCGUCUGCCUGGACCAGGACGAGAAGAAGAUCCUCCAGAGUGUCAUCAGGUGUGAAGUGUCGGUGUGCUACAAGCCAGACAGCUCGGCAGACUGGUCGCGCGGCCGCAUGCUCUCCUCCCAGAUCCAGCCGCUGCACCCCACCUUCUGCUCACUGCUCUGCCUGCCCCUCUCCACCUUCAGUGGGCCACAGCCCUGACCGCUGCCCCCCUCCCACUCCUCCUCCUCCCUGACCGCUGGCCUGAUUAUCAUCGACUCUCAGAUCUCUUCAAGACUUGGUCUGACCAAGAGCAUAUACAAUUAACGUUUCCCAAAUGGCAUGGUUGACCCGACUCCCUUGGUUUGCUAAUGGUUGUAUGCUUCCCGACAAAGUGGGAGGAGUUCCCGAUUUUUUGGGGAGCUCAGAAAGUACUUGCAUUGCUCUUGACCUGACUUAGUAGCAACGCUGAAGGCGUUGCGUCACUAGGAGGGUGCGGCCUGGCUACUGACCGCUGCCCCCCCACCCCCACUCCUCCUCCUCCUCCUCCUCCACUUCCUCCUCCUCUUCCUCCUUCCCUUCCACGUCCAUACACUGACACACAAGGACCAGCUCCUGCUCAACAGGUCUACUGCAUCAGGGAGAUCACAAGCAGACUACACUGUAAAAAUUAAAAAGUUCCUCGAAGAACUAUCUGGUUGCCAUUUUGGUGGAACCCAAGCUCUCCAAAGAAUCUAUAGGAAAAUAUCCAAGGGGUUCUUCUGGUUACUGAAAGACCCUAAGAACACAACGCUCCUUUGAAGAACAUUUUACUUUGGAGUGUGAGGGAACCUUUAAAAAGAUCUCUGAGAAACCUUGGGGUUCUUCCGAGAACUUAUUUGUUGUGCGUAUCACUGUACAAGACUCCACAAGAGGGUGUGUGUGGGCAAAGCUUGUCCUUUCUGUAAAUAUUAUAAGAUGUACAGUAAAUGUUUAUAGUUUGUAUGAUUUUAUAUUAUUUUUGAUGUGUAGAAUGGAUUUUAUUUGUCACGACUACUGGAGAUUUUCAAGACACUUUUUAGACAAAUGUUUGUAUUUUAGAGCCUAUAGUGUAUUUAUUUGACUCAGGAUUUUAAAAGCUGUUGGUUAUGUCUCUCCUUUAUCAGCUCCUCUAACUUUCAGCAGAGGGCGCUGUUCCCUUGCACUUCAAUUUGCCCAAUACUCGUAAAUACUCCUACUUCCAUUCAUGUUACAGUAAGUUGAGAACUUCUCAAAGCUUAAACAGACUGCAAGGUGCCGUCUUCAGAUGUGCCAUGGCCAAAGCACAUUGACUUGGAACUACUAAAACCGUUUGACAGCACAGCAGUUGUAAAAACGCUGUAAAAUGGACACCGUGUAUUUGGAUGAUCUGUUUAAUUGAACACUUAAAUAGUUUAUGGAUUGAAAUAUAAUGUCUCAGUAACAGUCCUACUGUUGUAAAGGUGUUCGAGAUGGAUAAUCAAUAGUGUAAAUAGCAAUUAUUAAUCAUUUCAAAUAUUUCACUGUAAAUGUUUUUAUUUCUGUUUAACACUUAAUCUAUUAGAUGAAGCUAAAUUAGAAAGUAUGACCAGAAAUCAUAUUUUACAAUCAUCAAAUGUAAUGCAGUUGUGAAAUUGUUGUGAAAAUCAAACCUAAAUUUUUCUGUAACUCAACAUCAAGUGAUUCUUACUUCAACAACAUGGUACAUUUUACGUAAGUUCUGUUCAUAUAUAUCAGUGUCACACAAAAUGGUACAUUGUUUACUGUAAGGCCUUUUAUUAUGCACUUAUUUCUUUUAUUUACACUUUGUUUUUUGUGCUGUGAAUUGUAAUUGUACAUUGUCUCAGGCUUAAUUAAAACAUUUAAAUUGCAGAACUUUUAAAGAGUAUACUAUUUGAUAU